UGCCUGCCUGCUUCCCUGCCGCCGUCUCCCUCCCUCUCCCUGCCGGCUGGGUGCUGAAGUUGGGCGGAUGGCAGCGAACCCGCUCCGCUAGGGACGAGCCGCUCCAGCCCAUCCCGGGAUCGCUCAGCGCCAACCGCACGCAGCCGGGCGGGGGUGGCCACUUGGGCACUGAAGUAGCUGAAAUGAGAAAGAGGCAGCAGUCACAAAAUGAAGGAACAUCAGCUGUGUCUCAAGCACCUGGAAACCAAAGGCCCAACAACACAUGUUGCUUUUGUUGGUGCUGUUGCUGCAGCUGUUCAUGCCUCACUGUUAGGAAUGAAGAUAGAGGAGACAAUGCAGGAAGGCCAACACAUACGACCAAAAUGGAGAGUAUCCAAGUCAUAGAAGAAUGCCAAAACCCUACUGCAGAUGAAAUUUUGUCUUGGGCUCAGAAUUUUGACAAGAUGAUGAAAACACCAGCUGGGAGGAACCUUUUCAGAGAGUUUCUUCGAACAGAGUAUAGUGAGGAGAACCUGCUUUUCUGGCUUGCAUGUGAAGAUCUAAAGAAGGAACAGAAUAAGAAAGUUAUUGAAGAAAAAGCAAGACUUAUAUAUGAAGAUUACAUUUCUAUACUAUCACCAAAAGAGGUUAGUCUCGAUUCCCGGGUGAGAGAAGUGAUCAACAGAAACUUGUUGGAUCCCAGUCCUCAUAUGUAUGAAGAUGCCCAACUCCAGAUAUACACCCUAAUGCACAGAGACUCUUUUCCAAGGUUUUUGAACUCUCAGAUAUAUAAGUCUCUCGUCGAGAGUAUCACAGGUUCUACUUCUGAAACUUAGUUUUAAUUUUCAAAGAAAAUAAUUUGAUUUUUGGGGAGGGAGGUGGGUGGGUUGGAAGAAAAGUAGUUUAAUAACAUCUGGAGCUGGGUUCCUGGAGAACUACAGUUUAGCACUACUCAGGCUACUGUGAAGAAAACAAAUACAUAUUAUGGUCUCUGUCUACAUUUUUACCAAGGUCCUCCUUGCUCAAGAUGACGUGGGAGGGGAACAAUGGAUUUGCCAAAAUAAAUUUUUUUCACACUCCUUUCACCCUACUACAGUCAAGAUUGCAAUGAUGUAUUUGUAGUUUUAUGAACAGUCUCCUUGUGUAUCCUCACACUGCAUGUGCAAGGUAAAACUGCUUCACUUACCACUUAGUUGUUGCAAUAUUUAAUCCAACAACAUAAAUUAUAUCUGUAUUUAAGAACUUUUUUUGUGCAAUACAGUCUUAUGGUACAUAGAAAUAAUUGCAGCACACCAGAGAGAGGCUUGCAUUUUUUAACAUCACUAACUGAAAAAAAGCCAAUUUUUAAGGUGUAGCAUUACUCAACAUGCUCUACUGAGUACAAUACACUGACUUUUUGAAGCCAAUAUUUCUGUACAGAAAAAAAAAAAAAAGCUAUUUAUCACUGUUUAUUUAAAAUAAAUCAAGCGGAGGAUUCCUCUGGUUGUUCACUGCCAAAACUGUGGCAUUUUCAUUACAGAGUUUGCAAUGUCAAAAAAAAAAAAUAAAAAAACCACAAGAAAGAAGGGAGAAAAAAAAGCACAAACCUCUUAAAGGGAUCCAUAUCUGGGUGACACAAUCUAUGCGCUGAUAUUGUUUAAUUGUUAAAAGAACAAAGAUUUUCAAUGUACAUUUCAGAUGUCAGAUACUGUAAUUGACUUAUUAAAGACUGGCUAUCCAGUUCUAACACUGUUGUAUAAUGUUAUGUACUUCAGAGAAAAAAAAAAAAAAAAACAAAAACAAAAAAACAAAAGCUUGAUAAUUUAGUUUUUUGAAUAAAGAAAUUUAAUAAAAGAUUGCCUACAUGUAGCAUUUUAGAGCAUUUUAGAACAUUUUGAUGAAUUGCAUCUUGUCUUGUAAGAUUUUUUUUCUGAAAGUUAAAUCUAGUAAGAAAUGUUUUUAAACAAAGUAAUGUUUUUUGAGGUGGUGGGUUAAAGAAGUCAUAUGUUGGCUUCUGGCCUCAUUGAUUUUGAGUAACUCCUUGAAAACAAGGGGUUUGGAGAGUAAUAUUAAACCAAACUUCAAGGGCUUCUAAACCUACAGUCCUUACCCAAGCAAAAUGCCUACGGAAAUGAAAUGGGUGUCUUUCCUGGGUAAAGAAUCUUGUACUGAGCCCUUAAUCAGAGAUAAGGCAGCGUGGUACGCCCAUCACUUGGCUGCCAUGGUGUUUUUAAUAGGUGUUUGCUUGGCCUUUUUAUCAAAAAAUGUCCAACUUUAGGAUGCAUUUUGAUGUUUAAAGAGACAGUGAGACAGAACUUAUAAAAACCCAUCUUCAUACCAACCAUGUACAUCCAAAAGGAGCAUUAGCAUCCCUCACAAACUGCUAAAGAUAUACCAAGAAAUUACUUUGAAUACUUGUUAAAUAUAUAUAUGUAUGUAUAAAUAUAUAUAUAUAUUUAAUACUGACAGCUCUGGUCUUUUACUAAGACUUAAGAGACAAGGUUCUUCUCACACAGGACUAAACAUGGCAUAAGCCUGUUGCUUUCAAUGGGACUGGAAGGUCUGGAAUUUGUGUCCUGGUGUGGAAUCUAGCCCCAACACACUUGGCUCCAGCCAUCCAGUUACUCCUUGUAGGCAGCCUCAGGUGCGAGCUCUCACUGGAGCCGCUGCUGCCGAGGCAUGUCUGCUGCUACACAGUAACUGGUAGGAUAUAGGUCUUAGUUUAUUUUCUGGGGCUUAAUUUUUUUCCUUUGUUUUACUACCUCUCAUUUUUUUAAUUUAUUGAACAUGCUUCAAAUAGCAAGUCUGGGGAAUUUUUUUAAUCAUUCUUUUUACUUGAAACGUGUGUGCUUUUUUGGAUAUAUACACAAACAAUUUAACAAACUGUUUCUUAAACUCAUUUGGUUUUGUAAUUUAUAUAGAAUUCAGGAGAUGAUUAAAAGGGCUAUUCUCUAUUCCCUAUGCAAAUAUUUUAACUGUUGUAGUGUUUGACAAAAUGGGAUCUAAAAAAAAAUUCUGCAAAGUGGAAAACAAAUCUGUUUACAGUAGCGUUGCUGACUAUCCUACCAUAUUCAGCACUUUUAAAUAUUGUUAUUUAUGAAAAUGUAGUUUAAAAUGCAAGACAAAAUAUUUAUAAAUGUUUCUUUUAAUAAAUACCUGUUUUGUCUGAAAGUGUUAUUGUGUUAUGACAACUUUAUUCAUGUUGGUUAGCUACUUACCAUUAUGAAUAAAAUAUUCAAUUAUUAUACUGACAGAAUAAUAGCUAUGAUGUUUACAAAUCUUGAGGGGGGAAAAUUCAGUGAAAAAUUACUGCCUCCUUCUACUGUGAAAUACUGUUAGAAAAAAAAUAAUUCUGUUUUUUUUCCUUAAUUGGAAUUUAACUAUGGUCCUACAUAUGUCUAGUAUCAUUUGAUUACAUUUAUAUUUACUGUGGUACUAAACAUAUACAGCAUCAUAUAUGUAUAUAUUUACAUAGCGUAAUUUCAAGUUUGUUGGUGUUUGAGGCGCAAUACAUUUAGUCCACACAUCUAAACAAUGUGCAAGAAACAAAACUGCAUGCAUAAGUCUUUAAAUUGUAGAUUUGAAUAUUCUUAAUGUUACUAUUUGAUGGUGACCUGCUAGUCAUAAGCUAUCUUUAUAAGAUAUUUCAUACAGGUAGAAGCUCUUGUCAACAUAGACAAGUCAUCCUUUCAAGGACAAUUUUAAAGCUAAAUGUGCAGGCCCUAAAAUAUUACCUUGAUUUCUAGCAUAAGGUUCCAAAAUCUGUAUUUGGAAACUGUAACAUCAUUUUGAAAAAUAUUACACCAGUCUUCAGUGUAAUACUGCAAUGAAAUCACGUUCAAAAUUUCUUGUCUUAAAACCUCUAUUUGGAGGGAUUUAAAAAUUGAGUAUAGCAUAUGGAAUUUCUUUCUUGGAGCAAAUGCUUAUAUUAAAGUGAUUGCUAUAUAUUUCGUCUAUUACUUGGGGUUUCCCAAAUUUUUUAUUAAAAAAUGGAUAUGGUCCAAAUGGACAACAAAUCAUGCCAUAACAUGAUCUCAUUGCCUAUCAUACAGUUCUUUGAACACAAAUUGUAAAACAUUUGACCUAUUUAACUGAUUUAUUGUGCAUGCAGUGUACAAUACACUUUGAAAAACUGCCUAAAUACACUUAUUCUAUAGCCUGGAAUAAAAUAAGUAUGUAUUUAACUUGUAUUUCACUUUUUCAUGAGAAUGUAUAAAUUAAGUGACUUAUGUUUUUUUUCCUUUUUGCCUAGUGAUUAAUCUUUUCUGUCAAGUAGAGACUAAUGGUGAACAGCCACAAAUAAGCAGAGUGCUUGUGUACACUCCUGUGACCUUUCAGUUUUAAAGAAAUUGAAUAUAUAUUGUAUUAUGCAUGUGUUCAACUUAGCUGUUUAUAUAGUCAACUUUCAAAUAACUGAGCUGAAAGUAGUUUGGGAUACCCAGGAUAAAACAAAACCAUUGACAACAUCAAAAGUAUUUAAAUUAGAUGGAAGCCAUAUACGGUAUGAAGGAGAUGGAAGGUAUGGAGAAAAGACAAAUCAGUGACAUAGGUGGCUGGGAUGCAUGUUAAUCAGCUGAGUCCUGGGGCAGCACAGUGUGGUGGAAGUGUGGCCAUAGCGUUUCCAGGUUUACAGACUGCCCGCUCCUCACUUGAGUCCACAUAAUCCAUUUGCAGGAUAACACAGAAUGAACACAAACCAGCCUUAAGCUAGUAAUACCUUUGUUUGAAAUUAAAAGUAUGCUAAAGUGUCUGCUAACCUGUGGUCUAAACCAAAUAGAGAAGACCUACCUUCUACCUUAAACAGCCUGGUUUUAAGCUGUCACUUGAUGCCAAACUUGCUUCCUUAGGCAGCAAAUUCAGUCACAAGGAGCAUCUGCCUGUGGAACCAGUAUCUAAAAAAGGUGGGAGGCUUUUUUGGUGAGAACAGCUGGACUGACCAUGCAUGAGCCCGGUCAGGAAUGGGCAGCUUCUGUAUGAAGUGCUUGCAAAAGACAUUUAACCUAAGUAUUCUGCAACACCAAGUCAAAUGCAAUCAAAGAUGAUACAAAAAGUCUCUUAACUUCAGUGCCUCUUCUUCACCACAAAGAGUAAAGCUCACAUCUACCAUGUCUAUGAGCCUGGUGCUGGCAGUGUUAACUUAACCCAGCCAACAACAGCCUGAGUUCUUAUCAAAUCUAACAAAGAAAAAACAUUCGGGUUGCGCAUAGACAGCUGCAAUGUCUGCUCCAAGCUGAUUUGAGCCCAAUUACCAACUACAAAAUAGGGUUUUUCUCAGCCCAUAAUGCUGUUGUUUUGAGAGACACAAGAACAGCACUGUAGCACAUGCUAGGACAGGGCCGCAGUGACAAAGGUCCAGUCCUGUUCACUUAUAGCCUGAGUACCUUUGGAGUACCCAUUCCUGAGGACUUCUGCCAGCACCUGAAGUGACGUUUGUGGGAUGAAAGACCAAAGCAAUAAUGGUGCCAAAAUCAGGUGGAAAAAAAUGGACAUAAACAUUCCCUGCAUAUUAGUUUAAUGUUAUACCAAAAGACAGAUUUAGCCUCUUCCUUUAUCCAUAAACUCACUCUAUGGAAAUUCAUCCUUCUGAUUUAAAAUAGGCAUAUAACUCAGGUGAUUCAAAAGCUGACCAUCAUUCAUUGACCCAGGUCACUUUUUUUUCUUCUCAAAAGCUUUACACUAAGUCCCCUUCACUCUGAAUUUCCUGAGUUCUGCAUACUUCUCUCCCAAGCAAGGUUGACACAGCUCUUAAGACUCACAAUUUCUUUCAUUGUUAGAGCACCAAAAUACUUGGUCUAUUAAAUGCAUAAAUUUGAUCAUUUUCCCUUUAUGCUUCUGAAAAAUGCUUCAGAGAGCUUCAUGGGCAGGCAUCAGUGCGUGUAAGGAAAGCUUUCAGUGGGUGAGAUUUCAUAAGCAAAGGCCUGGACUGUUAAUCAGUGCCAGACUACCUGCACAGACUGCAUUCUUCACAAAGUUCUUAGAGUGUAAAUUUUACUUGCAAAUUAUUGUUACAGUGCUUUUGCCAAUAAACCUUAUUCUAUGUGGUGCAAUUACAGUCAUAGGAAAACAUUUUUAUCCAACCAUUCAUUUUAAUGUUUAAUAUUGCAAAUAACAAAUUCUCAUGUUGCCUUUGAACUUCCACGAUGGAACAGAACUUGCAAAUUUUCAUUUGUGACUACCAAAACUACUUAGGUUGCAAGUAUUGCUCUUGCUUUUCAUAUCACACACAUGAAAAUAACAAUUUACUAAUGUAUCAUUUG